UCCAAGUAGCAGAAGGAGGGGAGAAGGGGGGAGGCAGGGGGGGCCAGGGAAGGGGGGAAGAGAAGGAAAAUACACACCUGGUGGCCCCCCCAAUCUUCCCUUCCCGCCUCCCGGCCGCCCCCUUCGGCUCUGCCCGGCCCGGGCUGGGGGCCCCGGGGGCGGCGCGGGUCCCGGACCAGCGUCCCGGCCGAGCCGAGCCCAGCCCGGCCGCACUGGCUCCUUUGUCUGCGGGCGGCGGCCGCCCCGGCCCCGGCCCCGGCCCCCGGGCGUCGGCUGUGCCUUGAGCGUCUGAUCCGGUGGCCGCCAGCACCGCGCGAAGCGGCUCGGGCUUGGGCUCCGCUGUGGUUCUAAACCUUUUAUACGCGGAGUUCCUUCAGGACCCACCAUAGCCCUCUGCAAGAGCUGCUACUGUUCCCAUUAUUAUGGAUAAGAAAACUGAGACACUGAAACCAAAUCACUGGUUCAAGUUGCACAAGUUAAUACAUAGCAAAGCUGACCCGAGGAACCUGUCUGGAGAGGGUACUGGGACCCCACUGACAGGCAGUGAUUGCUAGUCUUCAGCAGAGGUGUGCCUAUCACAUACACGACCCUGGUAAAAGCCACUGAAAGGACGCGCCCCCACUCCACCCCGACAAGUGACCAUGGAUCCGGGAGCAGGGUCAGAGUCAGCUCUGACUGUCAAUGAGCAGGUCAUCGUGAUGUCAGGCCAUGAGACCAUUCGAGUCCUGGAAGUUGGCGUGGAUGCCCAGCUCCCUGCUGAGGAGGAGGGCAAAGGACUAGAGGGUGCAGCUGCUGAGGGCUCCCAGAGUGGGGACCCUGCGGAAGCCCAUGAGCCUGCCGGUGAAGCUGGGCCAGGCCACCCCAAGGCCCCUGCAGAGGCAACUGUCAAGUCACUCCCAGGGACCCUUCCAAGUCCUGCCCCCAGCAUCGCCACCUUCAGCCAAGCCCCAAGCCAGCCUCAGGCGGCAUCGCAGACCCUGACGCCGCUGACAGUACAAGCUGCCCCCCAGGUCUUGACUCAGGAAAACUUAGCCACAGCUCUGACAGGAGUUAUGGUUCCAGCAGGGGCAGUUACUCAACCUCUUCUUAUCCCCAUCAGUAUUGCAGGUCAACUGGCUGGUCAGCAGGGGCUGGCCGUGUGGACAAUUCCUACAGCAACCGUGGCUGCCCUUCCCGGACUGGCCGCUGCUUCUCCCCCGGGGGCAGUGUUCAAGCCACCUUUAGCCGGUCUCCAAGCGGCGGCUGUGCUGAACACUGCUCUCCCGGCACCCGUACAAGCGGCCCCACCGGUACAGACCUCCUCACCGGCCCAGCCCCGGCCACCAGCCCAGCCCCAGACGCUGUUCCAGACCCAACCGCUGCUGCAGACCGCACCUGCCAUCCUCCCGCAGCCCGCUGCGGCCACCGCUGUUGCCCCCACCCCCAAGCCGGUGGACACCCCUCCCCAGAUCACCGUCCAGCCUGCAGGCUUCGCAUUUAGCCCGGGAAUCAUCAGUGCCGCUACCCUUGGGGGACAGACCCAGAUCCUGGGCUCCCUCACGACGACGCCGGUCAUUACGAGCGCCAUUCCCAGCAUGCCAGGGAUCAGCAGUCAGAUCCUCACCAAUGCUCAGGGACAGGUUAUUGGAACCCUUCCAUGGGUAGUGAACUCGGCUAGCGUGGCGGCCCCGGCACCAGCACAAAGCCUGCAGGUCCAGGCUGUGACCCCCCAGUUGUUGUUGAAUGCCCAGGGCCAGGUGAUCGCAACGCUCACCAGCAGUCCCAUGCCUCCGCCUGUAGCUGUCCGGAAGCCAAGCACGCCUGAGUCCCCUGCUAAGAGUGAGGUGCAGCCCAUCCAGCCCACACCUGCUGCAGCUCCGCCUGCUGUGGUCAUCGCCAGCCCAGCCCCUGCUGUCAAGCCAUCUGCCUCAGCUCCCAUCCCAAUUACCUGCUCAGAGACGCCCACGGUCAGCCAACUGGUGUCCAAGCCGCACACUCAGAGCCUGGAUGAGGACGGGAUCAACUUAGAAGAGAUUCGUGAGUUUGCCAAGAACUUUAAGAUUCGGCGGCUAUCCCUGGGCCUUACCCAAACCCAGGUGGGCCAGGCUCUGACUGCAACGGAAGGUCCGGCCUACAGCCAAUCAGCUAUAUGCCGGUUUGAGAAGCUGGACAUCACGCCCAAGAGUGCCCAGAAGCUGAAGCCAGUGCUGGAGCGGUGGCUGAACGAGGCCGAGCUCCGGAACCAGGAAGGCCAGCAGAACCUGAUGGAGUUCGUAGGAGGCGAGCCCUCCAAGAAGCGCAAACGCCGCACGUCCUUCACACCCCAGGCCAUAGAGGCUCUCAAUGCCUACUUCGAGAAGAACCCACUGCCCACUGGCCAGGAAAUCACUGAGAUUGCCAAGGAGCUCAACUACGACCGCGAGGUUGUGCGGGUCUGGUUCUGCAACCGGCGCCAGACGCUCAAAAACACCAGCAAGCUGAACGUCUUUCAAAUCCCCUAGGGCUCAGCGCCCCCAGCCCCACCCCAGGUUCUAGCACUUUCUUCUUUCCCCUUGACACCUGGCUGCAGCCACUGCUGUGGCAGAGCCUGUCCUGUCGCCACCUGCAGCCAUACUUGCCCUGGGUUGGGGGACUCCAUUCUGUGCAUGUGCGAUGAUGGCUCCCUCUGCCCUCUCCCACCCUCCACAUAGCUCACAUCCUCCGGGGGGCCAGGAGUUGGAGGGACCCCCAUGGGAGCUCCAGGCCUUUGCUUGGGCAUGCUGAAGGGGGACUCUGUGGUGUCGCUUAGAGAAGCACUUUGUUCACGUGGUUUCUGAAGGGUGGAUUCUGGAUUGGAAACCAGAGACUCCCCGCUCCCUGUUGUUAGAACUGGCUGUGGCUAUAUGUCUUUGCUUUCCUUGUCAUGUUCUUUGUGCCCUGUCUCCUAUGGCAGGUGGGACAACGCUGCUGAUGGAAGCCUAAGCUCACACUGCCUACCCCCACUUUCGCCUGCAGACACACCACUCCCCUCUCCUCCCAAAGAUGAUCCAGGAGCUUAAAUUCAGACAGGUGUGACAUGCCACUUGGAAGUCAGACUUGAUGUCGGCCUUGGGAUCACAAGGUUCCUGCAACUCUGGAACCAAACCAUGCAAGUUCCUCUCCCACCUCUUCCUGGUUCCUUGGAGGAAUAGGGAAGAUUGCAUUAAAGCUGAGAGCCCCCACAUACCCCAAUAUUUUUUUCUUUUGCAACUGUGUUGGACGAAAGCAACAGUGUGCUUUGCCUUCCCUGGAGUUGUCCGAUGUCUGCAGCACAUGGAGAAUUUGGUAGACUAAGCCUUCCUCCCAGAUUGUAAUCUAUUCUCUGUCUAUAGCUCUCCCCCCACCCCCAACAAAAACAGUGUGGAUUAAGAGGAUUUGAAGUCUAGGACAUCCCACUGCCCAAGCAAGCAGGUAUCCCUGAAGGAAAAAUGAGGAAUGGAUUGCCAACUUUUUCUCUUGUCCCACACCCUGCCCCGGCCUAGUACCAGGGCUAUCUCAAAAGAAACAAAUUCAGUGAUGGAUGAUACAGCAAGGCCCCUGGGGGAGACCUGCUAGACCCUGGAACGGCUCUUGUGGAGGUCAACUGAACUCCUUCUCUAUAGCUUCAGGCAUUGAACAUCAGAGGAGAAAUCUCAUUCCAUCCAGAGUCUCAUCCCAUGUCUGAAGGAAACCUCCACCAUGCUCCUUGCAAAGCCAGAACAUGCCCAGGUCAGGGUGGGCUUUGUCUCUAGCGGGGGUAGCUGUGGCACAUCUUGUCCAAGGUGACAAAUCCAUCAAAAUCAGUGCGUGACUUUAGGAAGUCAGGGGAGCACUGAGAGAUGGGUUUGGAUGGCCAGCAACCACCCACUCUUCCCCAUACUGCCUUCACAGAGCCUGGUCUCCAGCACCUGCUGCCAAGGUGGCAUCCCAUGGGAUCCUGGCCCUGUGAUGCUGUGGGGUGCCUCUCACACGCACACACAUGCCCCCACGCAUCUGACCAUCUGAACCAGCCGAGGCGACAGGUGGGCAGCUUGCGUGGGUCGGUUCCCAGGAGAGGCAUCUCCAGCGGGAGGCUCCUUAUUGGUACUCGUGGUGGUUUUCAGUACACCACAGUCACGUGACACACUCAUCCACGAGGAGUGUUGGGUAAGGAUAAAGUGUUCAGUCCAUACGUUAGAAAGCUGCAGCUUCCAUGCUGCGACGACCCUUGCACUCAUGUAUGUGUUGUCUUUAGGUAAGGUUGUGUGCUGGGUCACAGCUGGAGUCCUGGGAGUGAUAUAGAGGCCAGGGUGUGGACACGUACCCUAUCUGUCCUGUGUCGUGACAGGAAACACUUCUGGAUCACUGGUCUGAAUUAGGCCUGGCCGUGCUUUCUUAGCCCCUCUCUGCACUAACAGUUUUCCUAGGGCUAGGCUGAAUGCAAACAAUUUUCUCGAAGGAUGGGUUAUCCAUUCGGAGGAAUACCAGGACCGGAUGCUGCAGAGGAGGGUGCAGGAUCUCCCUAAGGUGCACCCAUGGCGCAGCUUGCUGGCCUGUGACCUCUGCUGUUGUUUCCCCACCAUAGCACCCCAGGGA